CUAAACCGCCCAUUCAAAAUUCUUCGUCAUCUUCUUCGCGAAAAACUCUCAAGAACCCUAGGCCUUUCUCUCUCAAAUUCUCACUCAAAUUUCUGAGAAAAUGAAGGUUGUCGGCGCAAAUGUCCACUUCCAGAAGUUAGAAGCCAAGUGCUCCUCACCGACAUUCUUUCAAAACUAUCUCGAGAUGAUGGCCGCUCAAGAACUCUCCGAAUUUCUUCAAAUGGAGAUUCGCCUCAAAUUCGAGGAAGAAGUUCUUGAAUUCUACAGAAAUGGAGAGGUCAAAACUGCUCAUUCAAAGAAGGACCCACAGAGGACGUUUCCAGUCAUCAAGUCCACUGUUGGGGGUACAAAAGUGAAGCUUUCGCAGAAGAAAUUGGGAGAAAAGCUUCGCCUUCCCAAUUCUGGAACUGAAGUUGGGAAAUUUCCAGUCAAAAAUCUGGACUGGAACAUCAUUGGAAUCUCUGGACGAAUUCCUUCUGGCGCAGCAAAGAAAGCAGAUCUAAACAACGAUUACAAGUUGGUUUUGGAACUGGUCAUCGCCUGCCUCGAAUGUGGAAGUGGAGGUCAUGCCGAUGACAUCACCCAAGAGAGAGCCUUCAUCAUCAACUCUCUCAUUACCAAAACUAAGGGAAAAAGUAUGAAGCCAGAUACUGGCUAUACUACUUAUCCUCCAAAGGAGAAAACAGAGCUAGUGCUAGCGCCACUGCAGAAGAAAGCUCAUCAGACAAUGUUCCACUCAUCAAUUUGGCAAAGGCUGUCAAGAGAAAGCAUGUGGUGUCCCCCUCUCCAAGUGUUGAAGCACCACAGAACCUUGCUUUGAUCUGUUUGGAAGAGGAAGAAGAAGUCUCUGACCAUGGAGAACUUCAAAGGAAGAAGAAGAGGAAGAUCAACUCUCCCUCAACAUCUGGAAAUGUCAAUCCGGAUGAGUUGAAGGAGAAGGAACCUGCUGAG